CAUGCGGAUCCGCCCCUGCGUUUUACGCGCUUCGCUCUCGCUUUCACCACUCGACGGCUGUGUGUGGGGCUCGUUAUCUCCGAAGAGUUCGCCGGCGAGGAUGGAGCCGGACGAGGUCGAGGCGGCCUCGAAAUCGGGGGCGAGUGUGCGAAACGACAAGAACGCCGUCAUCGACUACGACGAAGACAGAGUAAGUUGCACGAGAUGACGGCGUCUUAUUCCGAAAUAUCGUUCGAUUCGCAAUCCUCGCCACCCAUCUCGGAACUGAGAUCGCUCAUUGACUCGCCGGACUUUGACAGCGGAAAGUAUCUGGAUGACAAUUUAGAGAGGGUAGGAGGUGCCGGCCACAGACCGGAUCAGCUGGAUCUGAGAAGUAGGGGCUGCAGUCCGGCGGAAGGCGACGAUCUCGACCCGCCGAGCUACCAUAAAGCUAUGGGUUACCUGCAGCUGGAGGGAAGGGUAAUGCAGGACGGGGAUAUGGUGCUGUUUGUGACGGAGGACCUGGAGAACAAGAUCAAAUUGUCCAGUCCUGUGACCAAGAAGGGCGACACUCCGUCGUUCCCGGGAUCUCGCAGCUCGACCCCGUGCUUGUACAGGCAGGCCUUGACUCCGCAACUACCACCCCUCGAUCACAAUGUAUUGAACGAAUUAGAGAUGGAGGCAAGAAAGGUGGCAACCUCCGUGGACGCGCUCACUGAAAAUCUGGCCGCAAUUUUGCAAAACGCGUCGGCCCUCACUGUUGGUUGUUUAGAAACGUACAGAGAUGCAGUGUGCAAGACAUGCGACGCUGUGGAUCAUAAUAUAAAGUCGAUGUAUCAACUGAUGGCUAAAUGCGAGGAGCUAUCCAAGUCCAUGGGACCAAUUUAUAAGUUAGCGGAGCAGAUCAAAGAGAUGAAGAGAAUGCUGGAGCUGUUUGAAAGCGCAAUGAAUUUGUAAAGCUAUAGAAGGAGACAGGUGCUGCAAGCUCAUUACGCGAUCACAAUUAAUCACACUAUCACGCGCUUGUAGGCGUUUAUGAUGAGAUGCAGUAGUCAGGCGUUAAUUUGCUAUGUUUUAAAGUAUAUGUUGAUGUAUUAUACGACAAAUGGGAUUAUCUUGCCUUUUUGGAAAGUACGUGUGCGAAUGUACGAGUGUGCGCCCAUAUGCGCGUGAUUUUAGUUAAAGUUUUAUUGUGAUCGGCGUAUGAGACUUUAUUGAAUUAAAUAAUAUAUAUAUAAUUUAAAAAAUGCUGACUGUUAAAGAAUAGUUUCAUAGUGCAAUUAUCGUUAGGUCGUACGUUUUAAUUUAUACAAGUUGUGCAAUAUUAUUAGUUCCUAUAAUUAUUUUGUAUAUAUGUUGAAGAAAAGGGUUGUUAAAUGAAAAGCAAUCGAUUCAACUCUGUUAUUCUCAUUUGAGAAACAAAUAAUUCAUGUAGUACAAUUUUUAUUCGUACCCUCCGGGGUGCGUAAAAUUGUAACUUGUUGAAAACAAGGAUUGAGAUUCUACGAAAAAAUAAAAUGAAAAGAAAUAACGCGACAA